GGCUUCACGGUUGAAGGAGCAGAAUUAUUUACGCAAUGUCCGACUAAAGGCAGUGGAAGUAAACUAUUACAUUGAGAUGUGAUUUUUACAUUCUUAAACAAGCGUUUCCCUCUGGCUUUCCGUCCUUGUAGUGACACAACAGUGUGCUCUCAGCAGCGCUUGAACUGGGAUGCCCUCGCACUACUAGCUUGUUGUUAGCUUUGCCAGGAGCACUGUGUUCGCGACGGGACCAAACACUAUACUGUGCAUUAUGACAGAAAGCAUUAUGAGUAAAGCUGCCACAAUGGAGAUUCCUAUCAACAGCAAUGGUGACACUGGGGCACGACAAGAAGACGACGGCCUCGAACAGGCUGCAAAGCUGCAGUGGAGCUUAGAUGAGAAGGUAGAGAGCUCCAGAGGCACCAGGGACCUACAGCAGGUGAUGGUAUCAGGUCCCAAUCUGAAUGAGACCAGCAUUGUAUCUGGAGGCUAUGGAGGAACAGCAGAGGGCAUCAUUUCUACCAGCUCAAUCAAAGGUCCCAACAUGCACCAUAGCAGCAGCAGCUCCUCCAUGACUGCAGAAGAAACGACCCGCGGUGUGGCUGUGGAGAAAAUAGAAGCAAUGAGAAAAUGGAGUUUUAACACGUACAAGUGCACAAAACAAAUGAUUUCUGAGCGUUUUGGUCGGGGUUCACGGACGGUGGAUCUUGAGCUGGAAGCUCAGAUCGAGCUAUUGAGAGACACAAAAAGGAAAUAUGAAAGUGUGCUGCGGCUGGCCAAAGCACUGACCAAUCACUUCUACAAUAUGGUGCAGACCCAGCACGCACUAGGUGACACCUUUGCUGACCUCAGUCAGAAAUCUCCAGAGUUAAGGGAUGAGUUUGGCUACAAUGCAGAGACCCAGAAGCUGCUUUGUAAGAACGGGGAGACUUUACUCGGUGCCAUUAACUUCUUCGUGUCAAGCAUCAACACACUCGUCAGUAAGACCAUGGAGGACACCUUGAUGACAAUCAAGUUGUAUGAAAAUGCAAGACUGGAGUUUGAUGCCUACCGGUCAGACCUUGAGGAACUGAGCCAGGGUCCAAGAGAUGCUGUAGCCAUGGCACGAAUCGAAGCUGCUCAGCAGCAAUAUCAAAUUCACAAAGAAAAAUACGAACGUCUUCGCUCAGAUGUUACUAUUAAAAUCAGAUUUCUGGAGGAGAAUAAGGUGAAGGUAAUGCACAAGCAGCUCCUCCUCUUCCAUAACGCCAUCUCUGCGUACUUUGCCGGCAAUCAACAGCAACUGGAGGAAACACUGAAGGAGUUUAAUAUAAAGCUGAGACCCCUGGGGGCCGACAAGCCCUCCUGGAUAGAAGAGCAAUAAGAGAUCCUGCAGGACUUCCUCCAGCUUUCUUUUCAGCCACCUACACCUGUUGAAACCCCCAACUUACUGAAGACCACAGCAGAGGGAAAUGUGCAGUGACAGCUGGGUGGAUGAGGAUAUUAAGAGUUAUGAAGUGACUGGAUAUCAGGGUUUGAUUGGAACACCGAGUGGCCAGUUUUAUGAACAUUCAAGGGACUUUUUGUGCCUAUCUUCUUCCCAGCUUCCUUUUUCCAGUUUAACCUUUGUGCUGUUUCCACACGCAUCUUCUUGCCUAACCCUAUUCUCUAUUACAAUGCUAGUUUGCUGCACAAGCUUGUGUUGGUCAUUGUACUCGAGGUCAGAGUUGUUGUAACUUCAUGCAGUCUUAUUAAUUG